AUGGCCUCAGAGGAACAGGCCUUGGAUUCACCUCAAUGGAGGCAUGAUCACAAGUGGGUCGAGCAGAUCGGUCGAAGCAUUGAGGCAGAAUUCGAAGACAGUGAAGGAAUACCGGUCAGCAUCUUUACCAUCCCCAAAGCCCUGGCAUCCGCUAAAGUGGAGGCUUAUGCUCCUCAACAAGUCGCCCUAGGUCCUUACCAUCACCGUCGAUCAGACCUCUUUGACAUGGAGCGAUACAAGCUCUCUUCGGCGCGAAGAACCGAGACACGACUCAAUGUUGGCAAGUUCCGGGAUCUUGUGGCCCGCUUCAUGGAGCAUGAAAGCCUAAUCCGGGCUAACUACUACAAAUACUUGGAUUUCGACGGAGAAACCCUAGCAUGGAUGUUGGCGGUCGAUGCUGCAUUCUUGUUAGAGUACCUACAGACAGUCAACACGGAGAUGGGGGCAUCACUCACUACAAUUUCUUCAAAUAUGUCGCAUAUGAUUGAUUACACAGGACGGAAAUUAGCCUGUCGUGCAAUCCUCAGAGACAUUAUCAUGUUGGAGAACCAGAUUCCUCUCUUUCUACUUAGAGAGCUCCUUGGAUUUCACCAACAUGAAAACCCAAAUAAGGUGCUGGCCAUGAUGGUGAAGGGCUUGUACAAAGUUCUUUCUCCCAUCAAAGCAAUGGAUGAUUUCCCUUCAAACGAAGAAGAAUUUCUUGGUAGAGGUCAUCACCUGCUGGAGCUUCUGUAUUACACGCUCGUGCCUGCAACAAACCGAGGAGGAUCAAUCACGAUCUCUAUUGAGAUUGAGGACCAAGUGGAAAAACAAGAACAAGAGAAAGAAGGAUGUUUAAGGGAAGCCUUCACAUCUAUCUCGAAUGCAUUACCAUGUCUUUGCUCGGCUCCCACUGGAUGCAUAAGAUGGUUUUCAAGGUUGAAAGGAAUGAAGGUCAUGCUGAAACUCCCAUUGCAAAUUAUCGGAAGGAUCCGCGGCGUUGCCACAAAAAACAGGCUUCAAAAUCUAAUAGCAUUGGUGGAAGAAGUAGCGGAAGAUGUAGAUUCGUCACCCUCUCAGAUGGACAAGACGCCUCUUGUAGAAGAACUCACCAUCCCCAGCGUAACCCAACUCUCCAAUGCCGGCAUCAAGUUCCAUCCUUCCAAGGGUGGCCUCAGCACCAUUGAAUUCGACCUCCCGUCCACCACAUUCUAUCUACCGACUAUCGAUUUGGACGAGAACACGGAGGUCGUGAUGCGGAAUCUCAUUUCAUAUGAGGCGUCAGUCGGUCCGGAGGAGAUGGCACUCACGCGGUAUACGGAUUUGAUGAAGGGGAUCAUCGACACUGAGGAGGACGUGAAGUUGCUGAGGGAGGCAGGAAUCGUCUUGAAUCAUCUGAAGAGCGACACAGAUGUCGUGAUGCUUUGGGACAGCAUGAGCAAAUGCGCGAUGGCGACCAAGGUACCGGUCUUCGACAAAGCGAUCAACGACAUCAAUAAAUACUACGAAGCAAGAUGGGAUGUUAGGGCUAAGAGGUUUGUAAAGAAGUAUCUUUUUGGCUCAUGGGCACUUCUCACCUUCUUAGCAGCUAACAUUCUGUUGCUACUGACUGCUUUGGAAACCUUUUGUUUCAUGUACAAUUGUAGCCGUCGGAUUUCCUCUGUGUAA